AUGGCAGAAGCAAGGGAAAUCUUCGGCCCGGCCUUUUCAUGGCACGAGGAUCCGGUGUGGGUUGGACUGUCCACGCUGGCUAUGGGCGACACUAUGGCUGUGGAGUUCGCUCAAGCUGGCCAUAUUGGGUUGUGUCUCCGACAUGGCGUGGCUUCUGUCGAUGAGUUGAUAACGCUGCAUGGCUCCUUGCCCAGAGGACUGCUCCAAGUUGGAAUCAUAGUUGACGACCUGAUUUUUUUAGAGCAAGUUCUUCGUGGACUCCCCUUAGAUGAAUGCGAACUGGAGUCUGACCGACGGGUAGCGAAUGCUGAAGCGGCCUACCGACGCACCGGCUUGAUCCACAACCCUGGCAAGACCUUCAAGAAGCAAGUCUGUUCCCGCUUUUGGGGACUAGAAGUUGACGGCGACAAAGGCCUGCUCAGAUCCUCUUCCUUGCGGCUGUGGCCAGUCGCCUUCAUUACCAUGAGAGUUGUUUCGUUGGGGCUCGCCACGAUUGGGUUGCUUGAAGCACUUGCUGGGUCCUGGGUUUCAUUGUAUGGCAUUCGGAGGAGAAUGUUUUGCUGCUUGGAUGUUAUUUUUAAGCCUCUUUGCAUUGAAGAUCAAAAAGCUGUAGUGAGACUCUCCCCCGACAUCAUUGCUGAACUUACAGUGCUAGUGGUGCUUGGAUCCCUGGCUGUUGUGAAUCUGCGUGCCACUUACCUCGACCAGGUGAUAGCUACAGACGCUUCCAGCGAUUGCAUGGCAGCGGUCGCGGCGGCUUGUCCUGCAGCAGUGGUCAAAGAAGUGUCUCGACAUGCAUUGAAGAAGGGCAUUUGGACGAAGCUGCUCCCCAGCUCCAAAGCUCGUGAUCGAGCGCAUGGCAUCUUGGAUAGUGAUGACGAGGUGCCGGGUGAGCGCAUCAGAGGACAUCCUCUAUGGAAUUUGAUGGCUCGGGCGCUUGACUAUGAGGUGUUGUGGAGGGAGUUUGUGCAUCGACCCACUCAUGUCAACAUCCUGGAGUUGCGGGCCUACCUGCGAGAAGAAAAGAGGCUAGCCUCUAGACGCCAAUCUGUUCGAGUCCUCUCCGGGCUUGACUCUCAAGUGGCAUUAGGAGCUCUGGUGAAAGGCCGAUCGUCCAGCCGGGCGCUGAACAAUGAGAUGCGUCGCUUCUUAGGACCUGCUCUAGGCGGGGAUAUUUAUGGCUUGCACAUGUACUAUGACACGGCUUACAAUCCUGCCGAUGACCCCACUCGAAGCAAACAAGUCCGUGCUGCAACAAUUGCAAAACCGCAUUGGUGGCAAGCAGUGGAGUCAGGUAGUAAUUUUGAGCUGGGACAAUGGUUGCGGCGGCAUGGAGCGAGUGAUGAUUUUUCUGGAGUUGACCUGGGAGAGCUGUGUGGCGAUGAUGCCAUCGAUUUGCGCCCCCAGAGGCUUGUGAGAAGUGAUCCUUUGCAGCGAGAGAAACAUGUUGCUCAUGUCCCGCCUUCAGGUCGGGAAGGUUUUUGCUGCCCCUUUGGUGACGCUGCGCUUGAUGUUUUGAGAUCUUUCAAGAAGAGCCAAUUUGUGGUGAAAGAAGGAGAACCUGAUUUCACGAAAGCUGGAGCGCUGGAUCUCUUUUCGGGAAGGUGCGGAGUAGCUCGACAAAUGGUGAAGUUGGGCGUGCCCUGGGUGCUGACUUUCGAUUGGAAGCGGUGCCCGAGCGAAGACCUGCUGGACCCUGAGCUUAGAGGCAAGAUCGAGAAAACUAUGCGGCUCAAAGUCAAGCAAGGCAACUCACACAAUGACUGGCUGGCAAAUCUGCUAGCACUUUGCGAGUCACUUGGCGUCACUUGGUGGGUUGAAAAUCCUGACACCUCGUGGUGGUGGAGACAGAGGCGGUGGAGGAAGCGUAGGGACUCUCGGAGCUCAACCUUGUUCCGCCUAUGCUUUUGCCGGUUCGGCUGCCGAUGGAAGAAGCCAACGCGCAUAGCGACAAACACUGCUUUGGCUGGAGUGCGCAUGUGGUGUCAACGCACCCAACGACAUCUUCAGCUGCGUGGCACCUGCAGCGCCAAGAAGCUUCCUUGGACGCAGAUAGCUGAGCCCUAUCCUAGAGGAUUGCGCUUGAUGCUCGCUGCCGCGGUCUCCACUGCAGUUGGUUGGACUAAGAAGGAUCGUUUGAAUGUCGCCGCCUGCUCAAAGACAGGUACCUUGCGGGCAGGAGAAGCUCGAAAGCCGGGGCCUCGACCAAAGAGAACGAGGCAAACCUUUUCUUUAGAGGAAGUCAACACUGUCAGUGCUGCAACUUUAGCAAUUCAAAGCCGGAUGCUUCAACAGUUUUUCACUUGGUGUGCCCACGGAACCGGAGAUCGUGAUUUCUUUUUGCUGUUCAAUAAACUACCUGCAGCCCUUCCCCAGUGUUUGAGGUGCUAUGGAGAUUUGAUGUUUCAGCAAGGAGGAUCGAUUUUCAACCUCCGACAUCUUUUGUUGGCUGCUCAAAGAUGGUGUCCGGCCGCACGGCCGUAUAUGCAAGCUGCUUGGGAGAUAGUUGACCGCUGGGAGACUCAAGUCCCGGUAGUUCACAGGACACCUGUCCCGGAAGUGCUGGUCAAAGCCAUGUGUGUGAUGGCGUGGCAUUGUUGCUGGUACAGCUGGGUUGGAGUCACACUGUUGUCCUUCUACGGGGCUGGUCGACUGGGAGAAGUUUUAGCUUGCAGACGCAGCGACCUUCUGCUACCUGAAGAUUUGUGUGAGACGACGCUCGUCGCCUUCCUUCAGCUCAGAAAGUUCAAGUCGCGGAGGAGAGUAGCAGCCAAAGUCCAGCACAUGAAGGUCAGCGAUUCAGCGGCCGUCAUACAAUGA